AUGAGCACAUCGACUCCCCGCCUGCGGUCUGGGUUUCCAGCUACCCCAGCUAAUCGACGACAUAAUAAUCAACAAACUCCCAGCUCGGCCGGCUCGCCAUCAUAUGGAAAGGGCUCAACAUCAAAGUCUCCUUCUCUGCCCCUCGCGCCCGAGAGUACUCGACCUCAGGCCGCUGUUAGCCAGCCUGUCAUUCCUUUGACCGUCCUCGAUGCUCCUCAGCAACGUCUUUACACCUUCGGUGUCUACUUCUUGUUGUGGGCAUGGAAGCUUUACGACUGGCUUCAGGUAGUUGAAGAUGGCGACUCGUCUUGGUUCCUUUUUCUCAAAUGGAUCUUUAUCGACUUUGCCUUCCUCUUUGGCGUGCCAGAAUUGAGGAUACCUUGGCUUGAGCUGUCUCAACCUGUUGUCACUACGUGGUUCUCUUUGCAUCUGGUUCUCAACUACAUGCUUAUGUUCAAUAUUCCCAUCCCAUGGCAAUCAUGGAUUCUCGGCUUCGCCAAAGUUCUAUACGACCGCGAAAUAUCAAUUUCCGAGCAUAAUGUCAAGGUGUCGACUAUUCUCAACAAUCAUUCUCUCAUCAUGGGAAGACAGAUCAUCAAUAUCUUGCCCGAAGGCUCUGCUAUUCUCAACCCCAAGGGAACCCCCUUCUGUUUGACCGCAAAGCCAAAGAAUGUCGUGGAUCUUCCCAUCUAUUUCAAUGCCACUAUUCCUGCCGAAAUUGAGUUGAUUAGACUCGAUUUUGAAACGAACAAGGAGGAAACGAUCAAGAUCUCGAACCGAGAGGUCAAUCGGGUCGCUAAGCAAAUUCGUGAGCACAACUCCGACCAGACUACUUUCGGCUUCCAGUGGGACUAUCCGAUCAAGAAGCCGGGUGUUUAUAGACUUGGAAAGGUUUUGGAUGAGUACAAACUUGAGGUUCAACGUGCUACCAAAGACACCUACGUUGUUCCCUGCCCCCAAGCUAGGAUCCGCGCAUCUUCGGACUCGCAGCGAUGUAUCCAAGAACUCUCUGAUCUUUCUUUGGAUGUAUACGGUACACCGCCCCUGAAGAUUCAGUACAGUCGCACGAUCAAUGGCAAAGACCACAGUUUCCAUUUUCAGAGUCUUCAGCCUGAAGGAUUCUCCUCUCCUCUCCUAGGUGCUUCCUCCAGUCUCGUUUCAGAUGAUCAGGACGAUGUCUCGUGGGCGCGACCUCAAAAGGUUACUGUUGGUCUUAACGAGUCCAUGACCUCCGCUGGCGAAUGGGAGUACUCGAUUGACGAAGUUUAUGAUGCUUUUGGCAACGUUAUCAAAUACGCCGAAUUGGAAGAGGUUUCUGAUAAAGCCCGCUCCAGAGGCUUGAAAUACGGUUUCAAGGUUAAAGAGCGUCCUAAGGCGAGCAUGAAUGGCUGUGACCUGCGAAAUCCAUUCAAGGUUGCCAAGGGCCGUUCCGUUCGACUUCCUGUUGACUUUUCGCUGGUCGGCUCCAAAGAUGAUACCUCUCAUGAGGUCACUUGGGAAUUCUCUCCCAUCAACUCCCUCACCAACAGUGGAGAGCAUGGAGACGAAGUAUCAAUUGGAGGCUACAGUGCCAAGAAUGCGCUUGAUAAGCCUUUUGUCUCUGAGCCUGGUCUUUAUACUCUCAAGACUAUUUCCAGUGGAUCUUGCAAGGGUGAGGUCAAAGAGCCGUCUUCGUGCCUUCUUCUGAACCCAUUGGAGCCCUCGCUCUCCAUUCGAUCAGAGGAGAUCCCCGACAAAUGUGCGGGCAACUCUAUUGGUCUCAGAGUGGAUUUGGACCUUGUCGGUAACCCUCCCUUCGUGGUUCGCUACGACAUCAUUACUAGUGACGGGCAUGUUGAGAAACAAUCCCAUCGUGUUCCUGGUCUGCGAUCUCAAUUGGAACUGGUGCCCAAGAUGGCAGGUCGUCACAAGUAUGUGUUCAAGUCUGUUGACGACGCUGUGUAUGAGAACCAACCUCUUACUGGUGACGAUAAGGUUUUGGAGCAGGUCGUUAAGCCUGCUGCCUCAGCCAAGAUUGCCAGCAGCAGCGGAGUCGUUAAUGCCUGUCUCGACUCGGAAGUUGAACUUGAUGUCCUUCUUUAUGGCGAGGCUCCCUUCAACCUGGAAUGGGAAAUUGUCCAUGACGGUAAGCGCAAGUCAGAGCGAGUCACUGGUGUUCAAGAGAACAGCUUUAGGAUCAAGACCAACACGCUCCGCAAGGGAGGAGAAUACAUCCUGGCUCUGAGUAGCGUUCAGGACAAGCGAGGUUGCAAGACUUUCCUCCAGGAUCAGGUUAAGAUUGCUGUGCGACGCCAGCAGCCACGAGCCGCUUUUGGACUCGUUGAGCACAAGCAGAAGAUCAUGGCUGUUGAAGAUACACACUUGCGCCUACCUCUCCGCCUAGAAGGAGAGCCUCCUUUUGAGAUUACCUUUAAGAACCUCAACGGCAAUGGCGAAGUGUUGACAAAGCGCGCAAACAACGCAAACGACAACCUCCUGGUCAAGAGCCAAGGAACCUACGAACUAAUCGACGUCCGAGACAGCCAAUGUCCUGGAUCUGUCGUACCAGCAGCAUCCCGGUUCGAAGUUGGCUGGUUCCCCAGGCCUGAAAUCUCCAUUGUUGAGUCUCCUAGUAUCACUUCUGACGGCGAAACGUUUGUCAAACAAGAUAUUUGCGAAGGAGAUAUUGAUGGAUUUGAAGUCAACCUUAAGGGAUCACCUCCUUAUCAUGUGCAAUACGAUGUUACACACAAGCCUGCCAAGGGCUCCAAGGCUUUCACCCGCAAAGACUUUGAUGCCGCCCUUGCAAAGGCGGCCAUUUCCAUGGAUACCACCAAGGCUGGUGACUAUACUUACAAGUUCUCUGCUCUUGCCGAUAAUCUCUACAACAGCGACAAGAACUUCCAUCCUCUCACUGUCACGCAGCGCGUGAAUGCCAAGCCUUCUGCCGGGUUUACAAAACCAGGACAAUCAUUCAAGUACUGCAUGGAAGAGCAGGAGCACGAAGAUAGGAUCCCUAUUAAGCUCACCGGAGAAGCUCCCUUCUAUGUUGAAGUUGAGAUCAAGCAUCAAGCCGGAUCUCCUGCUGAGACCUACAGAAUUCCCUCUAUCGACUCCAACUCGUACGGCAUCAGGAUUCCUCGUCAGCACCUCCGGCUUGGCGCACAGCAGGUUCGCAUCCGCACAGUCAGAGACGCUAGAGGUUGCCAACGCAAGUAUGAGCACGGAGGUCCGUCGGUCCAAAUCCAUCUCUACGAGGCGCCAUCCAUCUACCCUCUCGAGUCUCGACGUGACUACUGUGUUGGCGAGCGCAUUGCCUACACUCUAUCAGGCACGCCCCCAUUCGAUAUUGCUUACGACUUCAAUGGCCGAUGGAAUGCUAAGUCGCAAACGACCAAUUUCCGCCGUAUUGCAGAGAAGCCUGGUGAUUUCACCAUCACUAGCAUCUCUGACAAGGCCAGCGAAUGUCGUGCUGCUGUCAACAUUCCCAAGACGAUCCACCCGCUACCUAGCGUCCAGAUUAGCCGUGGUAAGCAAUCUCGUGUUGAUAUUCACGAGGGCAAUGAAGUGGACAUCUUGUUUGAGUUCUGGGGCACACCACCCUUUGAGUUCACAUACACACGCAGUUCCAACGCCAAGAAGGGCCAGCGCAGUGCCGUUCUCGAGACAAGACAUGAUGUCUCUUACGAACACAGCAAGGUGGUUAAGGCAAGCCAGGAGGGUACAUACGAGGUUGUGACAAUCAAGGAUAAGUUCUGCUCCUUCUCAACACAACAGGUUGAGAAGAAGCAAAGGAGAUGA